AUGUUAGCAAGAGAUAUCCAAGGAUCAAAUUGCAAGAAAGCCCAGCUUUGUAUCCCUAAGUGUCGCCGCACACGAGCCACACGUGACAGCCACAAACGCCGCCACAAGAAUAAAGAAGGGGCCACAAAAGAAGCUGAAGCGCGCAACAUUUAUGGCCGGUGGUCGACACUUGCGGUCGGUGUCUGCUACUUUCCGAUUCUAACAGGUUUAGAAUCUAUUACAAACAGUAUUAUGGAUAAAAUGGAAGAAAAAUUAAUCCCUUUAGUAGAGGAAAACAAAGAACUAAAACUUAAGAUAGGGAAACUAGAGAACGAAAUCGAGUUUCUAAAAAGAGGGGAAAAGAAAAAUAAUGUUAUAGUUUUUGGCCUAGAAGAAAAAGAAAUUUCAGCCUAUGAACUUAUUCAAGAACUAAAGAAAAAUCUGAAGCAAGAUUUAAAUAUUAACCUAGAACAUUACGAAAUAAACAAAAUUCAUCGGAUAGGAACUAAAAAUGAGGAAAGUAACAAGUCUCGACCGGUUUUAUGUUCGUUUGUGAACAACUGGAAAAAGAACGAAAUUCUGAAAAAUAGGAAAAAUCUAAAGACUAUUAAUAUCAGUGAAGAUUACUCAAAGGAAGUAUUAGAAAAGAGGAGAAAACUAAAAGCAGAGCUAUUUGAAGAGAGGAAGAAUGGAAAAAUAGCCUAUUUGAAAUAUGACAAACUAAUAGUCAAAGAGAAUAAAAAUAGCCAGGACAAAAGAAAAAGGGAAUCAUCUGCCUCACCCUCCUCUUACAAUACCCAAACAAAAAAAUAUCAAACAGUUUCUUCAAUCAAGUCGAACAGGACGAAUGCUUUCGAUGUGAUGAGGUCGAGAUCGAACUCUUUUUCUAAUGUAACUACCAAAAAACAAUAACAAUUACCAAUCGGCAAACGCCAAAACCCAACCAACUACGGAAAAACUGGCAAUAUUGAAAAAAUAAUGCACAAACCUCCCCCAAGCCGACUGGUCCUCGUGGGGGAAGAAGACCACAACCCUCCAACACAAAGACAUAACAAUUCCACCACUUAUAACAAAAAAGACCAUAAACACA